CAAACGUGCCCCUCUCUACCCAAAGCACCCUCGCACCGCCCACCCCAACCAACUCUCUCCACUUCCUUCCCAAAAUCCCAAAUGCGGGCUCUAUCCGCCACGCGCGUCGUGAUGCACUUUGAUUACGACGCCUUCUACUGCUCGUGUCUUGAGGCUGACGAGCCCCAGCUGCGCUUCCUGCCGUUGGCUGUGCAGCGCAAGUGCCCACAUCUUCUCUCCCCCUCUCCGUCUGACCAACUGACCCCGGCUCUCACAGAGAAGCAGAUCGUCGUCACUUGCAACUACGAGGCCCGAAGACGGGGCCUGCACAAGCUCCAGCCGGUCAAAGAAGCAAAGCGCCUCUGCCCCGACCUGGUCAUUGUCCUCGGAGAAGACCUGACUCGCUUCCGCGACUAUUCCAAGGCCCUGUACCGUUUCCUGCGACAUUUUUCAUGGAACCGCAAGGUCGAGAGACUCGGCUUUGACGAGGUGUGGAUGGAUGUCACUGACCAGCUCGACUACAACGUCUCGCUGCUAAACCCCAACGACCUGACCAAGUGCUUCUUCCACCUCUCGCGCGAUGACCCCACGAGCGGCUUUGACUUUGAUGCGACCGUGUUCGCCGGCAACACCUGGCCCGCCUCUGAAGACUCGCGUCCAAACGGCCAUGACAUACGUGAGGACCCGCUGCGCCUCCGCCUCCUGUUGGCUUCGAAUUUGGCGCACUAUAUUCGUCGUGAGCUUGAGCAUCACAAGGGUUUCACCGCCACAGCAGGAGUCUCGACGUCAAAGCUGCUUUCCAAGCUCGUCGGUAGCGUCAAAAAGCCAAACAGCCAGACCACGCUGCUGCCGCCGUGCUCGGCGAGAUCCGGCGAUGAGGAUGCAUGUAACACGAUUGCCUUCAUCGACACGCAUGAUAUCGGCAAGAUUCCCGGCAUAGGUUUCAAGAUUGCGGAAAAGCUCCGAGAACACGUGCUUCGGCCGCCACCGGACUUUGACCCGGUGCCGGGCCAGACUGAUAUGAAUCAGGUUGUUCGAGCAAGAGACGUUCGCUUGCAUCCCGGCACUAACGCCGAGGCCCUCGAAAGGCUCCUCGGCGGCUCCGGAUCGCCACGCGGGAUCGGCGUGAAGGUUUGGAAUCUGAUCCAUGGCUUCGACGAUCAAGAUGUUGGACAAGCCAAAGACGUGCCCAGCCAGAUCAGCAUUGAAGACAGCUAUAUCCGGCUAGACAGCUAUAAUGACGUGGUUAAAGAGCUUCGCGCCCUGACGACGAGUCUGUUAAAACGCAUGCGCCUCGACCUCCUCGAGGAGGAAAGCGAGAACAGCAGUGGUGAAAAGGGCCAAUCGGCCCAAUCCUCAACCGCCCAGAAAAACAAAAGAAGAUGGCUUGCCUACCCUCGCACCAUCCGCCUCUCCACUCGUCCGCGCCUCCCCGCAGAUGCAGCCAGCACGAACCAGCACUCGCGCCCUCCGCAGCGCAUCUCCCGCUCCGCGCCACUGCCCUCGUUCGCCUUCAAUCAGAGUGAGGACGUUGACGCUCUGGCCCAACGGCUUGUGACUGAAGCGCUGAUCCCUCUGUUCCGCCGCCUACAUCCCGAUAAGCGCGGUUGGAAUCUCAGCCUCAUCAAUGUUGCAGUGACGAACAUGGCCGGUGCGGCGGCCGAGGGUAAGGAUAUCGGCGGCAUGUUCAAGAGGUUGGAGCGGGAAGACGCAGGAACGGGAGCGGGAGCCGGUGCGUCAUACAGCCGAGACAGGGCGUUAGAGACGGCGCACAAAGAGCAAGCCAAGGCAACGCGAGAGGACGAAGAGGCCUCCGACGUCGGCAUAGACAGCAUAACAUCGACGACGCUCUGUGAUGCAGCUGCUGAAGAAGCGCACGCCUGGCCACGCUCUCUUACUCACCUUACGUCAGACGUGUGUCUCCCUGGCAGCGCCGGCUCGGAAGACGUCUUCACCGCUUCGCAAGCCAGCAACGCCUUUGGCCGUUGGGAAGAAGAUGAUGACGGCAGCAGCGCGGACGGCGGCGGCGACGCGCGCGAGGGCGCGGCAGUCUGCGAGCUGUGCGGCGCGGUCAUGCCGGCAUUUGCGGUGGCGGCGCAUGGGCGGUUCCAUGAGCUUGGGGACUGAGGGGCGGGUGGGGAGGGACCUGUUCGUGCUGUUGUUAGUUAUGUGGCCGGAUUUAUGGUCGUUGAAACGUCCGCGGCUCGGGUCGAUGGCAUAGUUACCCGCAGCUCUAAAUGUAGCUGCAACGAGCUGUUCGCGGUCGAGUUGGCAUACUCCGUACUUUAUUAGGAUUUGGUUUGAUUGCCGUUUGAUUGACAAUUGGGCAUCUACUAUAGGCCUGAGUAUGUCCAUAUUAUUGCGCGACAGAAAUUGACAGGUCUAAAUUCCACCGCG